GAAAAGAAUAGCAUGUUGCGCGGUGGAGUUAAUGUAAAGGCAUUAACAAAGCCUCCUACAUGUUGGAGUGCAUGUUUGUUUGUUCCAUUGGCAUUCUCAACGAAACGAAAGGAAUCCCACCCAAGAAGCCAUGAAACCCGGUUUGGUGAAGCGACUCACCAAGUCAUUGUCUGCAACUCUUGGGUUCAAAUCUUCUUCCUCUUUGGCCAAGGUUACAACUGGAACUGAAAUACUCUCUAUUGCACCCAAAGUUUCUCUUCAGAAAGCUCGCUCAUGGGACGAAGGUGUUGCUUCUAACUUCUCUACCACUCCUCUCAUUGACAUCUUCAAGGACAAGAAAGUGGUCAUAUUUGGAAUCCCGGGUGCAUUCACAGGGGUUUGUUCAGAAGAACAUGUUCCAACUUACAUGGAGAAUAUUGAUAAGUUUAAGGCUAAGGGGAUCGAUACCGUUAUUUGUGUCUCUAUUAAUGAUCCAUAUGCUAUGAAUGAGUGGGCAGAGAAGCUUCAAGGCAAAGAUGCUAUUGAGUUUUAUGGGGACUUUGAUGGGAGCUUUCACAAAAGCUUGAAAUUAGUUACUAAUCUCUCCAAUGUUUUGCUUGGAACUCGAUCUGAAAGAUGGUCAGCAUAUGUGGUAGAUGGAGUGAUUAAGGAUCUUAAUGUUGAGGAAGAUCCAUCUGUUGUCACAGUUUCUGCUGCACAAACUAUUUUGGAACAGAUUUGAGGUUUCUGUUGGUUUACAUGUAUGCAUAAAGUUUACAAUACAAUAUAAUGUUGGUUUAUAAUUCAGUAAAAUUGAUUUUGACAGAAUUAAUACAAAUAGGUGAACAUGAUUGAGAUGUAUUAGGUUGGUUUAUUUUUUAUUUUUUUACUUUGAAACAAACAGCUUAAUAACCUGAUGUUUGCAGCUGAUCAAAUGUAACUCGAGAGUUGCUGUUGUAGUAUUGGUUCACUUUUUGAGUUUUGAACUCCUUUCUGAUGUCACUAAUCCCUUUUACCUGGACACAAUAAUAUGGGGAAAGAAGAUUCUGGCAUGCA